CCGGAAGCUGCGUAGUGAACCAACAUUUGAACAAAUCUAAAUCAGCGUUACUUGCAAUUUUGAUAAAUUUUGACAUUGUCAGUGCGCCUUGGUCUAUAUAAAAGUCUGGGUAGAUGUGAGGCGGGCAUAUAUCCCGCUGACAACGCCAUACGACGCUGAACACACGGAAGCGCAACUGACAACAACUGUCACCUUAUCGUCUGCUUGAAUACUACUGUGUAGGCCUGCCGUCAACACUUCGUCGCUGCAUUUCCCAAAGUAAACCCGCUGUCAUGUCCGACUCAGUUGUCAUCAAGGCCUCCCUGGAGCGAGAGGGUUCGAGUCAACCCGAGGUCCGACGUUUUGUUGUCCCGUCAGAUGCUUCUACCAGGUUCGACUACCUGUUCAAGAAGAUAUCGGAAGUGUUUCCUGGACUUGUCAGAGGAAACUUUUACCUCUACUGGAAAGAUAGUGAUGGUGACCUAGUAUCAUUUUCAUCUGAUGAGGAACUUCUUGAAGCUCUGGGGUUUGUUACAGACUCAGUGUUCCGAAUUUACAUCAAAAGUGAGUCUGUCUUGACUAGGCAUAUCAAUGAAUGGAUUGAUGUUGAUCACAAUGGACAUCCCCAGGGUGUGAACUCCCAGGCUGGUCAACAGUUCUUCAGCAACCUCGUGGCCCAGAUGUUUGGUCAGUGCCCUUGGCAACCAGGGAACGAAGGAAGAGAAGGAGCUCCCUCUGGUGCUGAUGAAGAAAACGAGACUGAUACAGACAAAAAAGGGGAGACUACUCCACAGGAAGAAUUUCUGAAAAUCAUGGGGCAAUCUGUUGCUGCCUUCCGUGCACCUUUUGGGAUUGAUGUUGAUCACAAUGGACAUCCCCAGGGUGUGAACUCCCAGGCUGGUCAACAGUUCUUCAGCAACCUCAUGGCCCAGAUGUUUGGUCAGUGCCCUUGGCAACCAGGGAACGAAGGAAGAGAAGGAGCUCCCUCUGGUGAUGAUGAAGAAAACAAGACUGAUACAGACAACAAAGGGGAGACUACUCCACAGGAGGAAUUUCUGAAAAACACGGGUCAAUCUGUUGCUGCCUUCCUUGCACCUUUUGGGAUUGAUGUUGAUGACAAUGGACAUCCCCAGGGUGUGAACCCCCAGGCUGGUCAACAGUUCUUCAGCAACCUCGUGGCCCAGAUGUUUGGGAUUGAUGUUGAUCACAAUGGACAUCCCCAGGGUGUGAACUCCCAGGCUGGUCAACAGUUCUUCAGCAACCUCAUGGCCCAGAUGUUUGGUCAGUGCCCUUGGCAACCAGGGAACGAAGGAAGAGAAGGAGCUCCCUCUGGUGAUGAUGAAGAAAACGAGACUGAUACAGACAACAAAGGGGAGACUACUCCACAGGAGGAAUUUCUGAAAAACACGGGUCAAUCUGUUGCUGCCUUCCUUGCACCUUUUGGGAUUGAUGUUGAUGACAAUGGACAUCCCCAGGGUGUGAACCCCCAGGCUGGUCAACAGUUCUUCAGCAACCUCGUGGCCCAGAUGUUUGGUCAGUGCCCUUGGCAACCAGGGAACGAAGGAAGAGAAGGAGCUCCCUCUGGUGCUGAUGAAGAAAACGAGACUGAUACAGACAAAAAAGGGGAGACUACUCCACAGGAAGAAUUUCUGAAAAUCAUGGGGCAAUCUGUUGCUGCCUUCCGUGCACCUUUUGGGAUUGAUGUUGAUCACAAUGGACAUCCCCAGGGUGUGAACUCCCAGGCUGGUCAACAGUUCUUCAGCAACCUCAUGGCCCAGAUGUUUGGUCAGUGCCCUUGGCAACCAGGGAACGAAGGAAGAGAAGGAGCUCCCUCUGGUGAUGAUGAAGAAAACAAGACUGAUACAGACAACAAAGGGGAGACUACUCCACAGGAGGAAUUUCUGAAAAACACGGGUCAAUCUGUUGCUGCCUUCCUUGCACCUUUUGGGAUUGAUGUUGAUCACAAUGGACAUCCCCAGGGUGUGAACCCCCAGGCUGGUCAACAGUUCUUCAGCAACCUCAUGGCCCAGAUGUUUGGUCAGUGCCCUUGGCAACCAGGUAACCAAGCAGAGGAAGGAGCUGAUAAGGACUCCGACAAGGCACCAUCAGAUCCACGUAUUGCCGAUGCUCUCCAGCAGAUGUUGUUGAUGGGGUUCUCUGACGACGGAGGCUGGCUCACUCGUCUCCUGGAGGUCAAGAAUGGUGACAUCAGCCAGGUGCUCGAUGCCAUCAAACCAAACAAAGAACACAGACAUUGUCAAGAUACGAACAAUAAAGAGAUGGCUCUCACGAUCAAGGGAUACUUGUCGAAAGGACCGGGAUCUCAACCAGAGAUCAGACGGUUCGGGGUCCCCCCUGAUGUGACCUCCUUUAAUCUAGCCAGACAGAGAGUAAAGGAAGCGUUCCCUUCCCUGCUUAAUAAGGACUUCUCUCUACAGUGGACAGACAGAGAUGGAGACCUCGUGACCUUCUCAACUGACAGGGAGCUGCAAGACGCCGUCAGCACUGUAACAGAUGGAGUCCUCCGUGUCCACAUUAACGUUUCCCAUGACCGACGCCACACCCCCGGACAGACCCACCCCAACGUCAUCUGCAACUCUUGUUUGGGAACUGUGUCCGGUGCGCGCUUCAAGUGUUGUGACUGCACCAGCUACGACAUCUGCUCCCGCUGCGAGGCCGAUGGCGUUCACAGCCACCACGACAUGUGGAAAAUCGUUGCUCCAAGGGACCACCUGAAACCUGGGGCAUUUAUUCCACCCCAUGUGCGACGGUGGAUGCAGCGUUUCAUGAGACGCUGGCAAAGCCGACGCCAAAAUGAAGGUGUUUCUCCCGCCGCAGGUGGAGAAAGAAAGGAAGGGGAGAUAACCGAGGAAGAGAUUCUAGCUCACAUGGACGAGGACAUGGCAGCUGUCUUUGAUAAUUCUAGUGGUGCAGUCCAUCUGAAAAUAACAAAGACUGGGGAAGAUGAUAUGAACCUGAAUGUUGAUGGUCCGGAAGAAACUAAUGAAGCACGGAAUGGACAAUCUUCCUCUUCCGUCACCAUCUCUGCCUCUGCCACCUCCUCCUCUUCAAGCUCUCAAGCCCCUGGUGCUGGAGAAAAGCCAGAAGAAGCGACACAGUUCAAGGAGGAGGAGACAACCAGCCCCACUACAAGUGAGGACUGGACACUUCUGACAACUGCCCACACCAGAACAGAUGUGGUUGAUGGUCAGCCUGGAGCUGGAACCCAACCUGGCUACCCUCCAGGAUUCGGCCUCCACCCAUUCCAAGGUCAAAGCCAACCAGGCUACACCCACCCAGGACACAUGCCACCCCCCUUCAUGCAUCAUCAGCCUCAUCCCAACUUCCCCGGACAUCCCCCUCCACCACCUUUCCCUGGACACCCUCCACACCACCACUUCCCCGGACACCCACCACAUCCCCAUGCUCCAGGACACCAUCUGGUUCCAGGACACCCUCCACACCCCCACAUGCCGGUCCAUUUCCCACCCCACCACUUCCCAGCAUAUCCCCACCCCCACUUCCCCGGCGCUGAAGGUCAGACAGAGACCACUGCCAACCCCAACACUUCUGAAGCUGGCUCCAUGCCCGCAAACUCAUCAACAAGCCAUCCAUCUGGACUGAACACAGAGGAUGCCCCCCUCCCAUCAGAUCCCCGUAUCCGAGAGGCUCUGCAACAGAUGCUGGCCAUGGGCUUCAAGAAUGAAGGUGGUUGGCUGACCCAGCUCAUCGAGGCCAAGAAUGGAGACAUUGGGCAGGUUCUGGACACCAUGAAACCUGAACAACGUAACCCUGUUUCAGCACCACCUGCAGACUGCAGAGUGGCUUGAAUCAGAAUACACAACAUCCCUUAUUCUUUUACUUUGAUUUUGACACUAUUGUUUGUUAACACUCGGUCGCAUGCACUAAAGUAAUGAGUGAUCGAGUUUAGUUUUACACCGCUUUUAGCAAUAUUCAUGCAAUAUCACGGCGGGGGGACACCAGAAAUAGGUUUCACAUGCACUAUAUGAUUUCGGCUGAAAACCUAUAAUAGCACAACUGGGAACAUAGUUUAGUGGAUUUGGAUUGGUAAUUAAGAUUAAUGUGGGAUGCAUGCUGGUAUCAUGUAAAAGUUUACUAUCUAUGCUUUUAAUUUGAAGAAUGCUUUUUCUUUAACAUCUAACCUAAGCCUUUUUGACACACAAAAAAACAAACGUUUCUGAAUACAUUGAUAGCAUAAAGCAUCAGAUACUGGUAUUUAUCAUAAUCACUACCUAUAUUCAAAUAUUAUCUAUGUACACGAUAAUGACUAAUCAUACUUCUUUCUUGUCCUGUGUCAAAAAAUAAAUGUCAAGUACUGAAGAUUUAAUGGAUAAAAUAAUUAAGUCAGAUGAAACAAAUAAAACCUAAACAUUCAUCCUUGAUCAUGGUAUCUGUGAAUAAUUUCAGGGAAAGUCUCAUCAACUGGAAUAUUUAGAGAGAGAUUUGAACAUUUACAUGCUGAGUUUAAUCAAUACUACAAGACUACCUGUACAAAGUAAAUAUGAAUAUAGUGGUGAACAUGUGUACACAGAUCUAUAUUUUCACAAAUAUACAAAGCAUACUUUAAUAUUGGAGUUACUGUGAUUUACAUGUAUGUUUUAGAGGAACUCUAUGUUGUCUUCUCUCAUGUGAUAUUUACUGAUGUUGAUGAUUUUGUGAAGUUGAUAUCUUGCCUGUAUCGGAAAUGGAAUAAGAAUGCCAAAGGAUCAAAUAAAGCUUUAUCUUCA